UUAGCAGAGCUGUGGCAGGAAACUGUGGGCAAAGAAAUAUGGGUUUGGUAUUAUUAUGCACUUAUGGCCAGAUUCCAACUUCUAAUAUCCCUUUCUCCUUCCUGUCUUUAUUAACACAGAUUUGUUUAUGACCCUAUUAUCCCUUUGUGGCUUGUAGGCACCAGUUCUGUUUGUUUCUUUCCCCUACUUCCAAGGCCAACUCCUCCACUAGCCUGAGGUACACUGUCAGGUGGUUUACAGCCUGUAAGGAGUAACAGUAUAUCUGUAGGUCCAAGGGGUGGCUGCAUCUCUCUGUAUCCUCGGGGAAGCCCUACCCCCCCACCCCCCCAAGUCUGUUGGUCCUUGGUGACUUGUAGAAACAGGCUUGCUCUAGCUCUUGUCUGGUAGCCCCCUAAUGCACCACCAAUAAAUUGGCCUUUAUUCCCAUUUCAGCUUGUCUUUCCUCUUGGCCUCGCACUAUAUCCACUGGGACUACUUUCCCUCCCUAGUUCUCUACUGUGGUCCACAGCUGUUGUGGUGGAGAAUGCUAAUGGCCCAGGUUCCCUGGAGCUACCACACUCACUGUAUGGUGGGGAUGGGAGUGGUCUGGGCUAGGGGGCUAGUCACGUCUUCAGCCAGGACUGAAAGGAAAUGCUAAACUCUGGGGGACAUCUCCCCCCUUCCCCUCCCCGCCCAGCAGCUUCUGUUUCCUCUCUAUCCCUUCCUGUCUUCCUGCUCUCUUUGGCUUGCCCACGUCGGUUUGGAUUGGUCCAGAGUUUCUCUUAACUCCUUCGUUUCUUUUUUCUCUUUUGCUUAUUUUUCCAUCUUUCUUUCGCGCCCGGCACCUCCUCCUUCCCAGACAGUUGUUUGUAUUGGGCUGGGAAAGUGGCCUGGCUUGCACAAAUUGUGUGGGGAGGUGUCUCAGCCCCUCUGAGCCUGUGAGUCAGCACUGUCCUGGGGAUUGGUCUCUCUCCUUAGUUCCCCGCCUCUGGGGAGGAGCCAGUAAGCUCUGGGUCCAGCCUGUACUCCUCAGGCAGUAGAGGUUUCCUAGCUGGGCUGGGCAAGGAUGUGGUCUCAAACUGUCUAGGUCUGAGUUGGGAGAGCAGAGGUCACUAGUCCUUCGCCUCCCCAGGUCAUCUGUUAUCAACGGGCUGCCGAGGUCAGACUAGGCUAAGGGCCUGGGGAUGCCCCCUGCCUGGCCCCCUUGCCUGAAUUGGCAGGGGGGCCGGGCCGGGCAGCAGCCCCUCUUCUCACCCCAGCCAUGGAUCUUCUACCCCCCAAGCCGAAGUACAACCCACUUCGGAAUGAGUCUUUGUCAUCGCUGGAGGAGGGGGCUUCGGGGUCUACCCCUCCGGAGGAGCUACCUUCCCCAUCAGCUUCAUCCCUGGGACCCAUUCUGCCUCCUCUGCCGGGGGACGAUAGUCCGACUACCCUGUGUUCCUUCUUUCCCCGGAUGAGCAACCUGAAGCUGGCCAAUCCUGCUGGGGGGCGCCUGGGGCCUAAAGGGGAGCCAGGAAAGGCUGCUGAAGAUGGGGAAGGGAGUGCAGGGGCAGCCCUUCGGGACUCAGGCCUCUUGCCCCUCCUCCAGGACAUGAACAAGCUGAGUGGAGGCGGCGGGCGCAGGACUCGGGUAGAAGGGGGCCAGCUGGGGGGCGAGGAGUGGACCAGACACGGGAGCUUUGUCAAUAAGCCCACACGAGGCUGGCUGCAUCCCAACGACAAAGUCAUGGGACCUGGGGUUUCCUACUUGGUUCGGUACAUGGGCUGUGUGGAGGUCUUACAGUCAAUGCGAGCCCUUGACUUCAAUACCCGGACUCAGGUCACCAGGGAGGCCAUCAGUUUGGUGUGUGAAGCUGUGCCUGGUGCCAAAGGGGCGACAAGGAGGAGAAAGCCUUGUAGCCGCCCACUCAGCUCCAUCCUGGGGAGGAGUAACCUGAAGUUUGCUGGAAUGCCAAUCACUCUCACUGUGUCUACCAGCAGCCUUAACCUCAUGGCAGCCGACUGCAAACAGAUCAUUGCCAACCAUCACAUGCAAUCUAUCUCAUUCGCGUCCGGUGGGGAUCCGGACACAGCUGAGUAUGUUGCCUAUGUUGCCAAAGACCCUGUGAAUCAGAGAGCCUGCCAUAUCCUGGAGUGUCCUGAAGGGCUUGCUCAGGAUGUCAUCAGCACCAUCGGACAGGCCUUUGAGUUGCGCUUCAAACAGUAUCUCAGGAACCCGCCGAAGCUGGUCACCCCCCAUGACAGGAUGGCUGGCUUUGAUGGUUCAGCUUGGGAUGAGGAGGAAGAAGAGCCCCCUGACCAUCAGUACUACAAUGACUUUCCAGGGAAGGAACCCCCUCUUGGUGGGGUGGUAGAUAUGAGGCUUCGGGAAGGGGCUGCUCGACCCACUCUGCCUAGUGCCCAGAUGUCCAGCCACUUGGGAGCUACACUGCCUAUAGGGCAGCAUGCUGCAGGAGACCACGAAGUCCGUAAACAGAUGCUGCCUCCGCCGCCUUGCCCAGGCAGAGAACUCUUCGAUGACCCCUCCUAUGUCAACAUCCAGAAUCUAGACAAGGCCCGGCAGGCUGGGGGUGGGGCUGGGCCCCCAAAUCCUUCUCUUAAUGGCAGUGCACCCCGAGACCUUUUUGACAUGAAGCCCUUUGAAGAUGCACUUCGGGUGCCACCCCCACUGCAGUCCAUGUCCAUGGCUGAGCAGCUGCAAGGGGAGCCCUGGUUCCAUGGGAAGCUGAGCCGGCGGGAGGCCGAGGCGCUGCUGCAGCUCAAUGGUGACUUCUUGGUGCGAGAGAGCACGACCACGCCUGGCCAGUAUGUGCUCACCGGCCUGCAGAGUGGGCAGCCCAAGCACUUGCUGCUGGUGGACCCUGAAGGUGUGGUUCGGACAAAGGAUCACCGCUUUGAGAGUGUCAGUCACCUGAUCAGCUACCACAUGGACAAUCACUUGCCCAUCAUCUCUGCGGGCAGCGAACUGUGCCUACAGCAACCCGUGGAUCGGAAAGUGUGAUCCUUCUCAGCCUCUCCAACAGGAUGCUCUCCAUUCCCGUCUCCCGUAUUCUCUAACUUGUGGGACCUCUGUUUUGUGGGUCUGGCCUUGGGUGGGAACUGGGAGCAACGAGGACACGGGUUUAGUGCCCACUUGAGAGAGAGAAAGAGGGUUUCAGUAAGGAGCCCGGGGUAGCAUCCUGCCUCUGCCCAAACCUCACCAAAGUAUUAAUGUGCAGAGUGGUCCCUUGUCUGGGCCUUGCCUGUGCCAACCUGAUGCCUUUCCCCCCAAAGGGUGGGUUCUUAUAAUGGAAAAUGCCCUGUGAUGAUAGGCCCAGUGGAGCAACUGCCCUUUGGGGGAAGGGAAAUAAUUAUACCUCUGGUUUACUCCUGGGUCUUCAGGGUACCCCAGAUCCCGCGUAACAUAUCCCACUCCCUCUGCUUCCCCUUAAACUUUGUGCCUUUGACCAUCAUAGGUCUGCAGAUACUUAAUGCAGAGUUCUCAGGCCCUUCAGUGUGGACAGGGGUUACUGACACCUUGGCUUCUGGAGCCCUGUCCUAUUCAGCACCCCUUCCUGUGUCUAGGGAGAAUAGGGACAGGAGUGGCAGCUACCUCCUCUGCCUUUCGGAUGUGCAGCCUUUUAAGAGAUUGCCCAAGCCAGGAUGUGGUGGCGCACGCUUUUAAUCACAGCACUCAGGAGGCAGAGGCAGGAGGAUUUGUGAGGCCAUCCCGGUCUACAACAGAGUGAGUUCCAGGACAGCCAGGGCUAUGGAGAGAGAACCUGUCUCCAAAAACCAAAAAGAGCGAGUACCCCAGAGCCUUCUUCCUGAUGGUAGCGGGGAGGGGCAGGACUAGACCUGUCUUGCUCGGUGCCUCCUGACCUCAAUGCCUUUCCUCCAAGGGGUCUGUAUACAUUUCUCAAGCCUGCUCCUCCCAUGUUUGCAUGUGUGUUAUAGUCUACAGCCAAAGUAUAGCCCUCACUGUAACCCCAUCCCACCUCCCUCCUUUGGGAUGGGUGUGUGUGACUGACUUGGGCCUCCAGUAUGUGUACAGUCAGUGUGGGUUUUGUGGAGGCAAUAAGACUGAAGCAGUAGACAAUCCCCAAUACCAUUUGCAGGUCUGGAACUGCACUCUCUUUUUUAAAAAACAUGUAUACGUUUUAGGGCUGUAGAUUUAUUUUCCUGGUUUUGUUUUUCAUUGCUGACUUUUGAGCACAGAAUUAUGAUAAUCAAUUACAUUUAUAUAUCACCUCGAUGACUUUUCCAAACUUUUAUUUUCUUUAAACAACUGUUGGGAUUUUACUCCCUGGCCUUAACUAGGACAGGAUUGUACCCCACUCCCCCCCCCACCCCCUUUUUCUUUUUUGCCAAGACAACUGAGCAGAAAUUUGGCUGAACGGUGUUGUGGGAUUAGGAUGUGAUAGUUUUAGAUCCUACUUUCUGCUUUCGGGCAGCUGCGGCCAGCACAGAAACCUUGCAAGCUCACUCUGUAUGUAGGCUUUCUGGACAGGAAUGGUCGCCAAAUUUUUGGUUUGGAUGUCUUAUACCAAAGGGAAAUAGUCUUCAUUAAAGUUCGUAUUUCUUUUACCUCGACCUCUCAA